GGCAGGUUGCAGCCUUGCAGGUAACUAUCUAGAUCUUGUGAUCUAGAUCACAUGCAAAGACGGGAAUAUUGUCAUGAUAUUGCUAUAUAAAAUAGUGCUUACCUAGUAUAUUUUAGUUGGUCAGUUCGAAGAUAAUUUGCUAUAAAAAUGAAAAUAUCAGUAACAUUUGAAGAUAAUCUGUAUUCUUUGGAUAUCAGUGACGAUUCAGAAAUAGAAAUAUUGAAACCUUUAUUGGAAUUCGAAAGUGGUGUCCCUGCGUCAGAUUUCGCAAUUUAUUACAAUGGCUACCAGUUGAAGGAAGUCAAGAAGUCUUUGAAAUAUUUUGGCGUGAAAGAUGGUGAUAUCUUGGUGAUGACGAGACGAAUGCCGAGGCCACCCCAACAGAACCAACGUUCUUCAGGAGGUACAGUGUACAUUUUAUACUUUUCUCACAAUGCCACUGACACAGAGUAGAGACUAUACAGAAGCCAGACUUCUUGGUUUUUCCUAUGAUUUUGGCGUAACCAUAAUUCAUCAUCAAAAUGCUGAUGCCAUGGUCCUAGCCAGUGCACGUAUGAGAGGCAUUCACCCCCCUGAUAAUAUUCAAAAUGGCAGAUAUCCAGGGGAGGAAUCGUCAGCGCACUGGCUAGGACCAUGGCGUCAGCGUUUUGAUGACGAAUCAUGGCGUGGCGGCGGUUACGCUGUUUUGGCUGAGUCCAUGUUCUGUGUGUCGUAUUCUGUGUCACUGAUCUGCAGUACAUGUUUAAACUGGAUUGGAAGUGGUCAGUUCAUAGCCUAUGCUAGAUCCUCUGGCUUUGGUGGCUCAAUCAUGCGAACAUUAUGGGUUCAAUUCUUGUUAUGGACACAUGACAUUUAUGUGAAAAGAGUCAGUCGACUCUCUACUGAAAGUUGUGGGUUUUCUUUGGGUACUCCGGUUUCUCCCACAGGGAAUGUUGACCACCCGAUUAGCGUGUUUGAUGCCGGCUGACAGCCGGAAAUUUUGUCUCCGAUUGCUCGGCUGCCAGCCGGGCUGUACUAUAGUAUACUAUUCGUUCAAAAAAUGCGCACAUUUCGGAGACUGGUUCAAGAAUGUUUCAUAAGCAAAAAACCACCAAAAUUACAUUAAAUUUUCCGAAAAUCAUCGGAAUGCAUCUAAAUUCAUCUUCCCAAUGCAUAUAGCUGGCUAUGCGACAGGUAAAUAAACGAGAAAAAAAAAAUUUCGGCAAAAAGAAAAAUUGAAAUUCGUUUGCGUGCAUUCCGGGACCGAACUCACGACCCUUAGCAUACAUGCUGAGUGUUGUCCCCUUGCGCUACCACGUCUUACACGGAAAAUAUGUUAAUUAAUUGUAUAUAUACAGUUAUUCUUAGCCUGGGCGAUUUAUGAUUGCGUAAAUACGUACACCAUUGUACACGGCCAAGGUACGUACAGUAGCAGCCGAGCCGUAUCUACUCUUCCAAUACAUCACGGCAUAGAUCACGGCUACCAGCUGGGGUUAAUAAUUGUAAUACAAUACUACAAUGCAAUACGAGUGUCAGCCGAGCCUGUCGGUAGUAUACUAUUGUGUACUACAAUACAUCACGGCUACUAGCCGGCAAUACGGCUAUCAGCCGGGCGUGUCUGUAGUAUACUAUACUAUAGUGUACUGCAAAACAUCACGCCUACCAACCGGGGUUAUUUAACUGUAAUACAAUACUACAAUGCAAUACAACUGCCAGCCAAGCCUGUCGGUAGUAUACUGUAGUAUACUACGAUAAUCACGGCUACCAGCCGGCAAUACGGCUAUCAGCCGGCAAUACGGCUAUCAGCCGGGCGUGUCUGUAGUAUACUAUAGUAUAUUACAGACACGCCCGGCUGAUAGCCGUAUUGCCGGCUGGUAGCCACAAUGUAUUGUAGUAUACUAUAGUAUACUACCGACAGGCUCGGCUGACACUCGUAUUGCAUUGUAGUAUUGUAUUACAAUUAAAUAACCCCAGCUGGUAGCCGUGAUCUGUGCUGUGAUGUAUUGGAAGAGUAGAUACGGCUCGGCUGCUACUGUACGUACCUUGGCCGUGUACAAUGGUGUACGUAUUUACGCAAUCAUAAAUCGCCCAGGCUAGGAAUAACUGUAUAUAUACAAUUAAUUAACAUAUUUUCUGUGUAAGACGUGGUAGCGCAAGGGGACAACACUCAGCGUGUAUGCUGAGGGUCGUGGGUUCAAUCCCGGAGUGCGCGCAAGCAAUUUGAAUUUUCUCUUUGCCGAAAUUGGGUUUUUUCCUCGUUUAUUUACCUGUCGCACAGCUAGCUAUAUGCAUUGGGAAGAUGAAUUUAGAUGCAUUUCGAUGAUUUUUGGAAAAAUUAAUGUAAUUUUGGUGGUUUUCUGCUUAUGAAACAUUCUAGAACCAGUCUCCGAAAUGCGCGCAUUUUUUGAACGAAUAGUAUACUAUAGUACAGCCCGGCUGGCAGCCGAGCAAUCGGAGACAAAAUUUCCGGCUGUCAGCCGGCGUCAAAUGCGCUAAUCGGGUGUGUUGACAGGUUGGGUUGGAAUUAGCCCCCUAACUGACCCUUUAAUUGCAGCUGUGCUCUAUGAUGAGACGCAAGUCAUAAUGUGGCUGGCAGGAGCACCCUUUGCAAUCGAUCUCAGCUGCAAGUAAGGAUGAUUAACACCACCCCACUUUGUUUGCCACUGGUUGUACAUAAGAAUAAUGGUUUAAUAGCUUAACAACACAACCUGAGUGAGCUAUAAAUAUUUCCUUAUGAUCUUCUUGUAGUUGGUUCUAUUGACUGGAGUAGUAUUAGAGUUCCAGGCACAUCAAGCAGAGUGUCAUCCACAAUAUCAGACCAAGGUGGACAAGUACCUCUUGGUAGUGUUGAUCCUUUAGCCCUCCGUGAAGUGCUGCUGGCGGAUGCACAUCGUAGGUCAUUACUGAAAGAAAGAAAUCCUCCUUUAUCAGAAGCGUUAGAGAGCGGUGAUCCACAGCGAUUUGUAGCUGUAUUUAAUCAACAAAAGAAAACGCGGGAAGAACAGGAAGCAUUGCGAAUGAGAAUGAUUCAAGCUGAUCCUCUGGACAUCGAAGCUCAACAACAAAUUGCUGAAGAAAUUCAGCAAGCAAAUAUCAACACUAACAUGGAAACAGCAUUUGAAUUCUCACCUGAAUCUUUUGGUCAAGUCACAAUGUUGUACAUCAACUGUCUGGUGAAUGGGCAGCCAGUGAAAGCAUUUGUAGAUUCUGGGGCUCAAAUGACUAUCAUGAGUGUAGCCUGUGCUGAACGGUGUAAUAUUAUGAGACUUCUAGAUCGAAGAUGGGCUGGCCUGGCCAAAGGUGUAGGUACACAGAAGAUUAUAGGUCGUGUACAUGUGGCACAGAUUCAAAUUGAGCAAGAUUUCUUGGCUUCAUCAUUUUCUGUAUUAGAAGCACAACCAAUGGAUAUGCUGCUAGGAUUAGAUAUGCUCAAAAGACAUCAGGUAUAGGCUGAAACAUUUUACACAAUUUUAUACACACAAAUUAUUGUGUCUAUAUUAUUGUAUAUACUCUAUCAAAUACCAGACAGUUUUACUUCUCAACCGGAGAAAUGUAUAGGUCAACUAGACUAUUGAUUAAUUUUUCUUUGUGUAAGACACAAGGAUUUCAAUUGUCAUAAGGGCUAUCUUGCAUGCUUGUUUACCCAAUGGGUUGUUCCAGAAAAGAUCCACCCUCCCGGAGGGGGGAAAAAUUUGUUUCUGAUAAUAGUAAUUUAGUGUAUUAGGACAUCUGAAGAAGCAGUUAACUUGUCCUUUGUGGCCAUUAGGCGGGUUAACAUCCAAUGUCUUCUGUGGCAGAGAUAUGGAUGUGUUCUGGAAUGAGCCAUUAAGCAACAAUGCAUCCAAAUGCAGCCUACUUUAUUAUUUUACUCUGUCUAAAGCCAGACAAUUUUACUCAUCAAGGGGAGAUCGAGUGCUUCAAUGGAUUAAUGAAAUGCAUGAUGUAUUGGAUAAAGAGUUAGGUCAUUGGUGAGUUAGGUGAAUUAACAGAAUUGCUUUUAUUGAAGUGUUCAAUAGACCUAAAAGAGAAUAUAUUAAAGAUUGGAACAACAGGCACUGUGACGCCAUUCCUGCCUGAAUCUCAACUACCUGCAUGUGCCCAAUUGUCAGGAAAUGCAAGCCAAGAAAAGGAAGAUCGGGAUUUGGCUGAGGCUUUGAACAAGUCAGCACAAGACACACCUUCCAGCUCAAGUGUUGCAUCAUCUGGGUCAGGGAGUCAACCUGGGGCAAGGUGAAUAGAAGAUGAUUUUUAAGCUAAACUAAUUUUAUUUAUACUGGAUAACUCUUCUGGCUCUGUACUGUUUUCCCUUGAGGUCCAGUACAAGGGAUAAUCUCUUAUUGAUCCAAUUACUACUGUACAGGAGGAAACCUAAACUAAGUUCUGCUUCCCUUGGCAUCCAGUGAUUAAUCAUGUGUUACUAUAAGAGGAAACCUAAGUUUAACUUUAUUUAUACUGGAUAGCUUAUUCAGUUCUAAAUUGUUCUCCAGGAUAUUCCCCUGAUGAUGUAGUGGUGCCUGGUAGAGUCAAACAUACUGGGUCACUGACUGAAACAAAGACAACUGCAUAUCGCAGGAAUUGAACCCUGGUCACACCGAGAUGAACCCAUAGAUAUCUUAUAUACACUAGAUAGUGCAUCUAAUUAUUCUGCAAUUCAAAAAUUGAAGCCGUGAUUGCAGACUCAGGAUAUUCCCAUGAAAUGAGAAGACUUGUAUGUUUUCUAUUUCUUAAACAGGAAACUUAAACAUUAAGUUAAACCUAUUCCGAAUACAAUUUCAAACUAUUCAAAUGAUGAAAGUUAUUGUUGUUUUUUAAGCGUUUAUUAGCGAGUGGGAAACUCCAUGGCCGCCAUCUAUUCAAAUGGGGGUAACCGCCGGAGUAUUCUUGGCUUCAAUUUUACUAAAAGAGAUGUGCUAUUUAGUGUAUAUAAGAUAUCUAUGGGUGAACCCACUUUCAUUAUACCACUAACACUCCAAUAACCUAAUUUAUCUCAUUAUAAAUUAAUACUGUAUUUCACUAUUUCACAACAACCCUUUCAGAAUGUUGAUAUGCAAAAUUAUUAACUACACUGUACUUUUUUCCAGCCUACAAUCGUUCCUCGCCCCACUUCCAAGCAAUGUAUCAGAGGCAGACAUUCGAGGUCUUGUUAACAUGGGAUUCAAACGAGAAGAUAUUGUUAAGGAAUUAGAAAAGAAUGCAGGCGAUAUUGCUAAAACAACUGCGAUUCUCUUGGCAAGGUCUUUAAAACUUCCACCUCAGUAAAAGUUUCGGAAGACGAAACUGAAACGUUUCCCCAAUCGAAGACGGGCGUGUUGUUUUUUUGGUUAAUUUACUGAAUUUCAAGUAAACUCUAAGAGAAGACACGUUAAAUUAAAGCAGUAAAACAUAGUUAUAUUUAUAGCUAUGUUGUUAAUUGUAUCCUGGACUCAGAGGACGAGUUGAGUUUUGUUAGAAGGCGUUUUGUUAAACUAGGAAAGCAUUAGAGAGAGCAUCAAGUAUGAACCUUGGUAGAAAGUCGAGCUCUUAAAAUGACAAAGCUCCUUGAAAGAACUUAUUUUUAGGUAGUUGGUCAAAAAAACAUUUUAAAAAUGCGUCGCGAAGUUUAUCCAGAGAUCAACUUUAUCUGCGGAGAAAUGAAGAGUUGACACAAGUUGCACCUGACGUCGACGUUGAUUAUUAGGCUCAUGCCUAUGCAUUAAAUUAAUCACUAUUUAUGAAGUUGUUUAUCACAACUUGGUCAGUCUUUAAAUUCCUGCGGGGCCGAGGUAUUAUGAAUUCCAGAUGAAAUAUUCUGAGCUCAGUUUUAGAGGUUAUUUGUAAUGCUAUACAGUACAGUAUUUGGGCAGACUUAGUAGUUCCUUGGUAGUUGUGAAAGAAAUUUGCAUGCACUUCCCAUGUUUGAAAAAUUAUGCUUAGUUUCACAUGGUGCGGUUGUGGAACAAUUUAGUUAUUACAAUUACAAAGUCAAAGAGCUAUUAAAUUGUAAGUUUUUGUAACCUCUUUUAAUAUCGGGAAACCAGAAAAACGAUAUUGAUGAGAAGAACAUGAUGCUGCAUCGCUAUGUUAGCCUGUUCGCAGGAAAAUAAAGCUUGCUUUCGGAAAAUAAAGCUUGCUUUCAGUGCAUUUUUUAAGGAUUCUUCAGUGGUGGGGCAAAACAGCCAAAGGGCCCAUUUUCCUUGCCCUCCUCCCAGGAUAAUAUGCGAUUGCCGAAGAUGUGAACAUCAGUACCGCAGGCACGAGUUAGCUAGGGGGAUCUGGGGGCAUCCCCCCCCCCCAAGAAUUUUUUUUUAUUUUGAUCUCUUGGCAUUCUGAGAACACAUUUUUUACAAAAUAUUAGCUUCUAAAAACAAAGUUUUAAUGGUGAAAUUUGUAAUAAAUUGCAUGCUAAACAUUCAAACACAACAUAAGUUUAAGUAUGCUCACCAGCAAAUUUUGUUUUUUAAACUUCUUUUCAAUGUUAAACUCAUUUACUCAAUACAGGUCCUAGGGCCCUGGCUUUGGGGCAAUAGGCCAUUUUUUUUCUUCAGUGGUGGGGCAGAGGAAGGGGCUCACCGUCCAUGGUAUUAAAAAAUGCCUUGCUUGCUUUAACGUUUAUGCAUGCUUAUCUACCUGAAGAUGGAGUAAAUCUCCGAAACGUCG